AUGGCCUUGCCUGCCAUGGAUGCAAAAGAGAUCAUUGAGCACUUCAACAGGCUCGACAAUGAGGAAAAAGUGAUGGUUCUUGGUGCCGUGGUUUGCGCAACAGUGUUGGUGGUUUAUAUUGCGAGAAGUCUUGGCUCAAUCUGUGGAGGUCUUCCCAGCGAGGAGGAUGCAUUGAAGCAGGCUAUGCCCGUCCUGAGCGUUCAUCUUUCACGAUUUGGGAAUGAGAAGCUGGGCCUUUGCUUGAGAUCAGAGGGCAGCUAUGCAACUAUCACAGGAAUUGGUGACGGAGAUCUGGUGGACAAUUGGAAUCAAAUCCAGACCUACCCCGAGCAGCAGCUGCGAAAUGGUGACCGAAUUAUCGCAGUCACUAGUGGCGGGAAAACGUGCAGGGAUGGAAGACUUAUGGCUGCAAGGCUGAAAGAAAAUGGUGAUGUCACGCUGACAGUCGCGGUCUCGCGAACGUUGGAGGAGGUCGAGAGAUGCUGGCAAAGAAUGACUGGCAUGGUCACUUUGCAAGAUCUGGUGCUUGAAGAAGCUGCUGAAUUGGGGCCACCAGAAGUAUCAUCAGCAGGACCUGCCCUUGACAAAGUGGCUCUGGAGGUCUUGCAGGUUGGCCCCAGGCUUUUUGAAUGGAACCAGAACUGCUUAUCCAAGGGCUUGUGCUGUACCCAGAGGUUGGAGGUUGGUGAUAGAGUGAUUUCAAUUGGAGGAUCCACGAACGUGCGAAAAGGCUUGCGCUUACCAUCGCCCACUGUGACUCUGGUGCGAUGGCAACCAGUUGGCACCUCCUGUUGCAAGAAUUUUGAGGUCCAGAUUGAGCGCAUGGGCCCUGAAGACAGGAUGGGCAUGGUAAUUUGCCCACAUCCCCUGGCACUCGGUCCUGCCAUUGUGUUGCAAAUUGUCCCGGAUGGGGCUGUUGCUCGCUGGAAUGCCAGUUCCUACACGCCAAUCCUGCCCGGGGAUUGUAUUGUCAGCGUCAAUGGCAUGACCGCAUACUCAAAACUGCAGAAGGAGCUCACUUCGACCUCUUUGCACUUGUCCUUGCAGCGCUGGGAAUUGGUGGGAUCUAUGCCCACGGCCCCUUUCCCAGGCCCAACCAAUCUUAUUGGGGGCCCACAACCCAAGCAGUGGUCAGCCAGCGCCGUGCAGCCAUCGCCUAAAGAGGCAGCUGCCCCUGCGCAGCCAAGACGACCUUGUCUUCGACAACCUCUCUUUUGGCUUUUGUUGGGUGUCUUGUUGCUGUUGCCUUCUGUGCCCUCAUUGGCCUUGACACCCUCAGAGUGGUGGGGGGAGCAAAAGGCAACGUUAAGAAUGCUGGUCACUAUUCCGAGCACCCUUCCGAUCGAUAGCCAGGGCGCACUGGCUCUUCCCCUUCUCGUUCUGGGAUGGCUUUUGCUGAUGUUUUUCAUGUGGUGUGAGGUGUCCAUGCUCAAUUCCAGGCACAAGAAGACAUUGGUGCCACAACCUGUUGUAGCCUUUUUGUCAUCCACGUGCUUUGGAUAUGGUUGGCUUUUCUUGGGCAACUGGGCAGGUGUCCCUUCCUGACAUUCGGCGCUGGGCACAACUGCAUGCAAAGAAGAGCACAGCAUAUGUAUUAUAUAUAUAUAUAUCAGAUGUCCUAUGUAAAUAUAGAAGAGGUGCGCGAGAAAUCAAUGAAAUUGAUGGAUGCCAUCAAAGGAAGAGGCUAAGCAAGAAGCUUCAUGGCUCCUUCAGAAAAA